AUGUUGGCUAACAAGAGCAGUUCAACCCUAUACAAGACCGUAAUGAUGGCUCAGACUCAAAUGAGAUUCUUCGGUGUCCUCCCCAAACUCCCCAAGGUUGAACUCACCAUGAGAACUCCAUACAGAACCUUCUUUGAUAGCUUUAACCAAUUCACUAGAAUCUACGUUCAUACUCAAAAAGGUCUCAUCGCUAUCGGCAAUAGAUCUAUUCCCAGAAUCUAUCUUCUCCCACCAGGUGAGCUCACCGUCAAGAACAUUCAAUCAGGUGAUGGAAACUUCUCCAAGUCAGAUUCAGGUUUGUUCAUUCACACUGGUGGUUGGUUAUUCGUUCACGACAACAACUCAAUUGAAGUAAAUCUCCUAGAGUGCACUGAGAAGGAGAACUUCGCUUUUGAAAAGCUCGACAAUACUCAAAGUUAGGAGACUGAGACCAACGCUGGAAGAAUUGCUGCAUCCCUUCAAGAUAAGACUGUCAAGCUUCUCCAAAGAAGACGUUGA